CGAGGCAGCCGCAGCCGCGCCUCCCCACCCGGCUCUCCCCGCCUCUUCCAACCUGCUGAGCGGCGCCCCCGAUGCAACAUGCUUGGAAGAACUUGAUAGCAUCUUUUAAAUGCACCGCCAUCGCAGAGCAUGACAUUAGAAUAUUCCACUCUCUAUUCUUGGAAGAUGGGGGAAAAGGAUGAUGACAAACGUAGUCAAGCCGGCCAAUUAUUUGAAAACUUUGUGCAAGCCUCAACCUGCAAGGGUACCAUACAGGCCUUUAAUAUCCUCACUCGUCAACUUGAGCUAGAUCCUUUGGACAACAGGAACUUUUAUACAAAACUCAAAUCAAAGGUGACCAGUUGGAAAGCCAAAGCUUUAUGGAACAAACUAGAUAAAAGAGCAAAUCAUAAAGAAUAUAAGCGUGGGAAAUCUUGUAUGGGCACUAAGUGCUUGAUUGUUGGAGGAGGACCCUGUGGUUUGCGGACUGCCAUAGAACUUGCCUUCCUGGGAGUCAAAGUUGUUGUUGUGGAGAAGCGGGACACUUUUUCGAGGAACAAUGUGCUUCAUCUUUGGCCUUUUACUAUUCAUGACCUUCGAAGUCUGGGAGCCAAAAAGUUUUAUGGGAAAUUCUGUGCCGGAUCCAUUGAUCAUAUUAGUAUUAGACAGCUUCAACUUAUUCUUUUCAAAGUUGCACUGAUGUUGGGAGUGGAAAUUCAUGUGAAUUUAGAAUUUGUGAAAGUUUUGGAGCCUCCUGAAGAUCAAGAAAAUCAAAAAAUAGGUUGGCGGGCUGAAUUUCUCCCAGUCGAUCAUCCUUUGUCAGAAUAUGAGUUUGAUGUAAUUAUUGGUGCUGAUGGCCACAAAAACACUUUGGAAGGCUUUAGGAGGAAAGAAUUUCGUGGGAAAUUGGCUAUUGCUAUUACUGCCAACUUUAUAAACAGAAAUACAACUGCGGAAGCUAAAGUGGAAGAGAUCAGUGGGGUUGCUUUCAUCUUCAAUCAAAAAUUCUUCCAAGAUCUGAAAGAAGAAACAGGAAUUGAUUUGGAGAAUAUUGUCUACUACAAGGACAACACUCACUAUUUUGUGAUGACUGCAAAAAAGCAGAGUCUUCUUGAAAAGGGAGUGAUUAUUAAUGAUUACAUUGAUACUGAAAUGCUCCUCUGUGCGGAAAAUGUACACCAAGAUAAUCUACUGUCCUAUGCAAGAGAAGCUGCUGAUUUUGCAACGGAUUACCAACUGCCUGCCUUGGAUUUUGCAAUUAAUCAUUACGGACAACCAGAUGUGGCAAUGUUUGAUUUUACUUCCAUGUAUGCUUCUGAAAAUGCUGCAUUAAUACGAGAGAGGCACAGACAUCAACUGUUGGUUGCUCUUGUCGGGGACAGUUUACUAGAGCCAUUCUGGCCAAUGGGUACUGGUUGUGCAAGAGGGUUCCUGGCUGCAUUUGACACAGCGUGGAUGGUGAGAACCUGGGCACAAGGAAAGCUCCCACUUGACAUCCUUGCAGAAAGGGAAAGCAUUUAUAGACUCUUACCCCAGACAACACCCGAAAAUCUCACUAAGAACUUUGACCAGUACACAAUUGAUCCUGUAACACGUUAUCCAAACUUGAAUUCAAGCUGUGUUCGGCCUCAUCAGGUGAAGCACUUAUAUAUUACGACUGAAUUACAGCAAUGCCCUCUUGAAAGACCGAGCUCCAUUAGAAGAUCAGUUGGUCUUUCCAGACACGAAUCUGACAUCAGGCCAAACAAGCUUUUAACUUGGUGUCAGAAACAGACGGAAGGAUACAGGAAUGUUACUGUCACAGAUCUCACUACUUCUUGGAGGAGUGGCCUUGCUUGUCUCUUGGAAUCCCUUCAUUUGGCCACCCCUGAUCUAAUUGACUUUGAUUCUCUGAAUGAAGAAGAUGCUGUCAAAAACAACCAGCUGGCAUUUGACAUUGCUGAACGGGAGUUUGGAAUUCCUCCUGUCACCACUGGGAAAGAUAUGGUGUCUGCUGGAGAGCCUGAUAAACUUACUAUGGUCAUGUACCUCUCAAAAUUCUAUGAGCUAUUUAGGGGAACACCAUUGAGAACAGUUGAUGCUACUGACAAGCAAAAUGGAGAAAAAAGCGAUCUUUGUUCAGCAAAAUCAUCAAAGUUCAUCUCUAAUAAUUACAAUUUAACAUUUCCAAGGAAGAGAAUACCUAAAGCUGAAAGAAAUGGAGAAGAAAAUGCAAUAAAUAAAAAAAGGCGUAAAAGUCUUAUAAAUUUUGAAGAGUCUUCAAGUUUUUUGAACCGAGGAACAAAUCCUGGGAACCAGCUGGGGGAUGUGAAAGAAGUAGUUAAUCGAAACAAAGUGAAGUCCAUGGCAACUCAGCUCUUAGCCAAGUUUGAAGGAAAUGCUCCCAAUGUGUCACUACGGAGGCAGGAGUUAGUAGAUAAACCAGCUUCUGAUCCUCCUGUAAAUCCUCGCUUUGCUAAACCCAGAGAUCCAACCUGUAGCCCUCCAUCUCCACUGAAAAGGCAGUUUCAGGCAGUAGCUAGGGCUCAACAUGCGGUCAGGGAUCCCACACAGUCUUUGCCUGGUGGUGGGCCAGUGCCUGGGCAUCCGAGGUGUGUAGAACGGGCUGCUCUGGAGUCCAACCUUUCUGAAUCCCUUGCAUCUUCCUGCCCUGCUGCAUUUGCACUGUCUGGUGUGCUUCAACGCCUUCAACACGUGGAGGAAAAAUUUAAUCAGAAGAGAGCUCAGUCCAUAGCAAAUAGAGAGUUUCAUAAAAAGAACAUUAAAGAAAAAGCAGCUCAUCUUGCAUCAAUGUUUGGAUAUGUCGACCUCCCCAAGAAUAAACUUCCUACUAAAGGUCUCUCCCAUUCUCAGCCCCCACCUCCCUCUUGCCUUUCAUCUUAUGACUCCGCUGCUUCCUCUUCAUCAUCUAUUGACUCCGCUUCCCCUGCUGUUCAUUCUAAAAAGAUGACUGUAGGGAAGGUUUCACGCGGAAUAGGUGCUGUGGCAGAAGUUCUUGUCAAUCUGUACAUGAACGAUCAUAGGCCCAAACCUCUGUCUGUCUCUUUACAAAUGAACCAACCAGUGGAUGAAGCUGCUGCAGCUGCUACUUCUUCUCCUGAUUCUUCUUCUGCUUCUCAAGUUUUUCCUUCCUUUGAUCAGAGCUGUCAGAGUUCUCUGAAGAAAGAAUUUCCCCAAUCAAUGGGUGGGAGUGACAUCUGCUGUUUCUGCAAGAAAAGAGUAUAUGUCAUGGAGCGGCUGAGUGCAGAAGGCCACUUUUUCCACAGAGAAUGUUUCAAGUGUGCCACAUGUGCGUCUACUCUCCGCCUGGCGAUGUAUGCCUUCGAUGCAGAAGAAGAUAAAUUUUACUGCAAGUCUCACUUUGCACAAUGCAAAACAAAUAAUAAACACAGGAAGAGGAGAGCUAUGUUAAAGACUCAUGAAAAGGCGGAAGUGGAAUUGUGGAGGGAAGAGGAGCCCACGUCUGCGAAAACCACCACAGAAUGUACUUUUGCUGCCAAAAGCAACCCAGAGGCCCAACCACCAGUUCAUUUCAACAUUCCAGUGAAACGCCCACUCAUUGGCUGAACCUUUCCUGUUAUUCUUCAUCUCUUAAACAAUGCCAGCAAGGAUUCUGUCCUUCUCUCCUCAGUUAUUUCAGUUUUGAUGUUUGCUUCUUUAACUUGAGAGUUUUUGUUAGUUUUUUAAAAUAUAUUUUUAAAUGUCACAUGGAAAUCUGUAUUUUGCACUCAGCGAUGUUUAAUUUCCUCAUUUGGCUGUAAGAAAAAUAAAUGUAGU